CAUAUGGCAGCCCACAUUUACUUGCUGCUAAAUUAAGAUACUACAAAAUAAUAUGUUAGGAUAGAAAUAUUGGAGCUGCCAUUUCUGACUUAUGUUUCAAAGUGCAGGGUUCAGGGCUGUUAUUAUUGUCUGUGCUUUACUUCAGAAAAGAACAGAGUGGGGAACUAGACUCACAAGCAGGGGUGGACUGACAAUUCAUGGGGCCCUCGGGCAAUAGGGGAUCAUGGGGCCCCUGUGUCCUUGCCCAAACUCAAAAAAGCCUAUGAAAAAGGUACCAGGGGCAUCUCAUAGG